AUGUUCAUUGUUAUCGUUAGUAGCUAUGUUGAUGCUAAAACUGCUCUUAAUGCAUGUCUGGGUCAUUUUUAUAUUAAUUGUUAUAUUGCCAUCUCGGGUACAGCGGUAGUACUCGUUGUGGCCCUCGCGUCUUCAGCCCUGGCUCGUCCUGGGUUCUACAGCGCUCCAGCUGCAUCAGAUCCUGCACGGUACAAUUACAUGUACACGGUAAACAAUCAUUUCGGCAACAACUUCGGCCUCCAGGAAUCUCGCAAUGGACUCGACACCCGAGGCUCCUUCUUCGUCCAGCUUCCUGACGGCCGCCUUCAGAAGGUGACUUACACUGUCAACGGCAACUCGGGCUUUGUGGCUCAGGUGCGCUACACGGGAGAGGCCCGCCAUCCCCCUUCUCGGUCCUCAAAUGCAUAUGGCGCUUACUAA